AUGCAAUGCUUUGACCUUAUCUUCUUGGGUGGUGGUAGUUCUGUGUCUGCUAAACUUCAUCUAAUGCACUGGAACUCCACACUGUACAGCAGCAUUGAUGAGGCGGUAGGGAAGAAGCACGGCAUAGCUAUUAUUGCUUUGUUUGUGCAGAUAGGAAAAGAGCAUGUAGGCCUAAAGGCUGUAACUGAAAUUCUCCAGGACAUUCAGUACAAGGGAAAGUCCAAAACAAUACCCUGUUUUAAUCCCAACUCUUUAUUGCCAGAUCCUCUACUGCGUGACUACUGGGUGUAUGAGGGCUCUCUAACCAUUCCACCCUGCAGUGAAGGUGUCACCUGGAUAUUAUUUCGCUAUCCUUUGACUGUGUCCCAAGUGCAGAUAGAGGAAUUUCGUAGACUGAGGACACAUGUUAAAGGUGCAGAACUUUUAGAGGGCUGUGAUGGAAUCCUGGGAGAUAACUUCAGACCAACUCAGCCACUUAGCGAUAGAGUCAUCAGGGCUGCAUUUCAGUAGCAGAAGAGGAAGAACAACAAAAAUAAAUCUUUAUUCAGAGAGGGGGAAGACAAUGCUCCCACAGUGCCCUCAGAUGAGAAAUGGAAACUUUUGAAGCUGCUGCUUCAGUUGAACCACAAAGGCUGUAUUGUUUGUCUUCAUCUAAUUCAGCCUUGAUAGACAGCUUUGACAGUUGGUCUGUCCACACGGUCCAGUGAAAUUCUGGGAAUGGGGCUGUACAUUAAAAGAAGAAAACACAUUAAAUCUUCCAAUUCACACUGUUAACUAUUUUUAAAUGGUAAUUACCAUUGCUUAGAUAAUUUCUUUGCCAUAGCAUUCAAUAGUGGUCUGUGAUCCAAAUAGUACUAAUUGUAAGCUUGGUAUGGAUGUUAAUAUGUAGAAAUACUCAUUAUUGUUUUGAAUGUUAGAUUUAAUUUUAUUCUGUUUAUUCAUCUCUUGUGCUGUCAGUAACCAUCUUUUCUGUAGAGGGGAGGUGCAUUCUAUAAAGCUAAUAAAAACAUUGUUUGUUCACAGAGA